AUGUCACGAACACUUGUUUAUUGGCUCUUUUUCUUCAGUAACUUAUUUAUUGUUGCUAAAAGUUGUUCUGAGACACAAUGUUUCAGGAAAGAAAAUGAUGUAUCCAGAAAAUUUCAACUUUUGCUCGCAGAAGAAGGAGUACGAAUUGUUUACUUCAAGUUAGACCUCACCACCAGCGAUAGUUACAACUCAAUGCAUCCAGACAGAAUAAUCCCCACUAGAUGGACAUGGGCAAGAAGUAACAGCGAACCACUCUUAUCUUUGUCUUACGAUUACGAUGUUUUGUCUGUCGGCCUCUUAAAGAACCAAGAAAAAGAUCUCACCUUGGAUUUCACUUCAACACAAAGCCAAUGCCUGAAGGCUUUGAAUUCAUCAUGUCAAGACCUGGAAAUCGCUAGGGCUCUGUUGGACAUUGCAAACACUAGUCCUAACAAAGCUUUGAAAAUAAAAACUGAUGUAGUCUGUUUUAGAGUACUACGUGAACAUUGGUUUGGAAUUGGUAGUCACUUUAAAUAUCAAUGCUGUAAAGAGAAUAUGCUGGAUAAUGGCAACGGAACCUCUAUCAGUUGUAAUGUUCGUGUGAGUGAGAGCAAGUGGCUGGCCGUUUUCAAUGCUAUUUUAGCAAUAUUGGUGGGAGUUACAGUCUUGUAUUGGCCUUGGAUUUUCUGUGUGCUACCAAGCUCAUUUUUUUCAGACGAAAAUCAUCGUGCCCCUCAAAAUCACGUGGAGAGUGGGGCCUCAUGCGUGGCUAGCGCGUCAUCACGCAAUAUUCGUUUGGACGACUACAGCCCAAUAACACUUCAAAUAUUUCUUGAGAAACUUGGAGAUUUAUAUCCAAACAAUAUACUCGAUUUACGUGUGAAGUUAUCCCUUGUUUGGUUUGGCUUUAUUCCAAUACUUUUUUACAUAAAACUGCUCCUUUACGUCAUAAUAAAAAGCGGCACAUUGGAUGAAACAUCAAGAAAAUUACUAUUUCAAGUAGCCGACUUUUAUUUCUUUGUGUUCAACAUGAAAAGACCUCUUGUGUACCUGCUGUUUGUCAUGCCGUUUUUUGUUAUUCCUUGCGUGGCGAUAUUCUUGGUGCCAACACAGAUCGAUUGUAGCAGUGUAAUUGAAGAAAUCUCCAAAUCUCCAAAAAAGUUCAAGAAAAAUUUGGAAGACAUCAAAACUAUUUGUCGAAUGUUGCUGAAAAAGAUCCUAAAUAGUCUUAGCAAAAGUGACGUCCUUGGUAAUUCUACUUGUGUCAAACGAUCUGUUGCAUCUAUAUACUCCGUUGCAUACAUCAUUCUUGUUGUUCCAAUAUGUACGGUAACAGCAUUUGUCAUUCUUCUGAUCAUUUCGGUCUUGUGUUUGGCAAGAUUUUCCCCAUAUCUAGUUUUCCUUUCAUAUCUUUUAGGAUCUACUAGUAAAUUCUCAUUCCAUCACCGCAUACUUCUUUUCUAUUCAACCUUCAGCGCGACCAUUCUUGCGACAUUUUCUUGCCAAUUCGCUGUCCGGAUGCUAGGUUUUGUCAUAAUGGGAAUAAUUUUGAAUGCUGAAUUUGUCAUACCGUACAUGACGUUUGCAUUUGUGGUUGGCAGGAAUAUAUAUCUUUGUUUCUGUAAUACCCAAAGUAAGUAUAAAGAGCUUAAAGAUAUUAUUGCUAAAAAAUGGCCGAAAGACGGAGAUACAAUGCCUGAGAAAUUAUUUUGGCUUGUUUCGGAUGAGGUACUUCCUAUAGAGAUGUUAUUAUUGUUUUGCAGAAUCCUGGCAAUUGUGGUGUUUCUCUCAAUCGCCCUAACUGCAAUUCUUUUGUUCAAAGUAACAUAUGGUGCUUCCGCUAUAGUUCCAACCCUUUCAGUCUUUAUAAGUGGGAAAUUUUCCGAGCUAUUCUUCACAGGAAUCACCACAACACAAUCUAGCUUUGUUGGAAGUGAAAAUAUAAGUUUCGAGGAAAAAAUAGGAUCUGUGGUUCAGAAGUAUAUCGCAAACGAGAAUGACACUUCCGAAACAACAGAAAUGAAGAUGCCUUGCUUCAGUGUUUGUUUUCCAAAACUUUAA